AUGUCGGACAUCAGCCAGAUCAACCAGGUUCCCAUCAACGGCAACUACCCCGCUCAGCACUCCUACCCUGAUCACUUCAACCCUGGUCAUGCCGCCAUGAACACCGCGGCCAACUUUCAGCCGGCUCAGUCCUCCACCCCGACUACUGCCACUCCCACCGACCCCAAGAACAACAUCCCCAAGGAUGAGGUCGGCUGGUUCUUCGUCGAGCAGUACUACACCACCCUGAGCCGCAACCCCGACAAGGUCCACCUCUUCUACUCUCGGCGUUCUCAGUUCGUCUUCGGCACUGAGGCCGAGUCGGUCCCCGUUGCCGUUGGCACUAAGGCCAUCAACGAGCGGAUCAAGCAGAUCGGUUGGCAGGACUGCAAGGUGCGCGUCCUGAACGUCGACUCCCAGGAGUCUUUCGACAACAUCCUGGUCACCGUUAUCGGCGAGAUCUCCAACCAGGGCAAGCCCUCUUGCAAGUUCACCCAAACCUUUGUUCUUGCCGAGCAGCCUAACGGCUACUAUGUCCUGAACGACAUCUUCCGUUACCUGGCGGAUGAGGAGGAGCUUGUUAACGAGGAAGAGGAGGCCACUCCUGCUGUCGAGGCCCCCAAGCCCGAGGAGCCCUCCCUCGCCGUUGAGGCUCAGGUGACUGAUGAGGCUGCUGCCUCCAAGAUUGACGAGAAGCUCGAGCAGGAGGCCAAUGGCGAGGCCGAGCAGGCCCUGGAGGUGCCUGCCGAGACCAACGGGGCUCCCGCCGCCGCCACCGCCGCCGAAGAGCAAGCUCCUGUUCCCGCUGUUGAGGCUGAACUCACCAAGAAUGAAGCGCCUCUGACCCCGGAGCCCACUCCCGUGCCCGAGAAGCAGAAGGAGGUUGCCGAGAAGGAGCAUGCUCCCGCACCCGCUGGCCCUAAGUCCUGGGCUUCCAUGCUUGCCUCCAAGGUUGGCAACGCCCCGGCUAUCCCCGCCAUUCCCGCUGCCCCUAAGGGUGCUCCUCAGUCUGCUGCUACUGCGGCUGCCCCCGCCGCCCGCGCCCCCACCACCGAGGCUCGCCCUCAGGAGGCUGCUCCCACCGACGGCUCCGGCUGGCAGACCGCCGGCGCGGAGCACAAGAAGACCCAGUCUCGCGCCGAUGAGCCGCCCACCCACGGCUACAUCAAGAACGUCACGGACAAGGUCGAUUACCAUGCGCUCAAGCAGACCUUGGCCCGCUUUGGCAAGCUGAACUAUUUCGACAUCAGCCGCCAAAAGAACUGCGCGUUCGUUGAGUACGCCGAGCCCGCCGGCUACGCUACGGCCGUCGCUGCCAACCCUCACCAGGUUGGCAGCGAGCAGCUGACCGUGGAGGAGCGCCGCCCCCGCGGUAACGCCUACAGCGGCAAUGUCGGCCGCGGCGGUGCUGGUCGCGGUCGUGGUGACCGCGCCAGCCAGGGCCGCGGCGGUUUCCAACGCGACGGCCGUGGUGGCUUUGCUCCUCGCGGUCGUGGCGGCAACGUGGCCAAGAGCCGCGGCCAGGCCCAGGCUGCUUAA